AUGUCGAGUCACGAUUCCCCGAAAGCAGCAUCUUUCGUCACACUCGGCCUUCGGUCCCGCCGCGGAUCGCUGGCAUCGCUCUCCGGGUCAACGCCGGUGGAUAAGCAGCAACUAGCUCAGGCUCUUGAUAAGAUACACAGUACAGCAUGCCAGUCCGAGACGCUGACAACCUUCAACGAGUUCGCCCCGCCCCCUCCUCCGUCCGUCAACACUGAGAGCAAAGGAUUAGCUGGAGAUAUCAUGCAGCAUGGUUUAAGCGGGCUAUACAGUCGUUUUAGAGGCGCGGUGGGAGCUGUGAAAGAUAAGCCUGCGUCGGCACCGAAUAAAGAAGAAUAUAACACGGCGGACGAUGUCUCUAUCAAUAGCCAGAAUACUACCACCCCAGCCUCGAAGGCAUCCAUGGGUCUGGGGAGGGACGACAGCGGUGCCACCGUAUCCCCUAUUCCGCUCUCAACAUCAUCCUCCCGGCUCCAAUCGCCCACAGCGUCGUCCUUUGCAGGACACUCUUCCGAGAGUCAGUCGCAAGCUAUGAAAUCGUCCAAAACAUCCUUCAUCUCGACGCCCGCGACUUCCAAAUCUGCUUCAUCAAGCAAACCUUCUAUGGCGUCUAUAAGCAAACCCACGGUGUCUCCGGCAAUUGCCUCCGCAGCAGCUCCUGUCAAUGUAAAUGCGUUUAAAGAUGGAGAUAAUGCACGCAGCACAACAGAUAUUCAAAAUACCGACAAAACCUCCUCGGGUGCUCCUACCAGUGUUUACGGACGCCCAGCAACAUUUGUCCUGCGUGAAAUGUCACAGAAUAAGCUUGUAGAAGAUGAACCCCCUAUUGAUGAAUCGGAAGACUCAGAAGGUGGUGUAACUGAGGGUACGAGAACGAGUGGCGCCUCACUAGGUGGACAAGAACCUCGUGGCAGUGAUGAGAUAGUCGAGAUGCGGAGGGUCCCCACCGAUGGUUCUAAGAAUGCAUCGAUAGCUUUGUCUUCACUACAAGCAACAAACUCAUCACGAUCAAAUACUGCCGUACGAAGAGGUGACAGCGAGAGAUCAAACCGACCAGCUAUGAUUGAUCGCAUCACCCCGUCCCAUCUACCAAGUUACCAAGCAUCAAGAGCAUCAUCAACCGAUCGUAGCACUGACCAACCCAGCUCGGUGGAUGCAUCCAGACAUACCAGUGUUAACCAUGGGUCGUUAUCCCUUGGUGAAGUAAACUCCAGUAAACAACACAUUCCUAGGCCAUUAUCUAUCGAGGGGCCGCCGGAAGUCGUCAACGCUAGACUUGAGCAGAUGAGGAAGCAAGUUCUCAGUAAAGAAUUUUGGAUGGCCGAUGAGAUUUGCAAAGAGUGUUUUCUUUGUGGAAAUGCGUUUUCUGCAUUUCGGAGGAAGCACCACUGUCGGACAUGCGGAUGCAUCUUUGAUUCGAAGUGUACUUCUAUUGUAUCUGGCCAGCGCUUCGGUGUCCACGGUUCGUUGAGGGUAUGCAAGACAUGUCUUGAUAUUAUUAACAGGCGGCAUGAUAGUAGUGGAUCUGAUGACUCUGAGGACGACUCCUCACUGCCAACUUUCUUCCACUCACAACAAGCAAAGCUCGAAGCAAUGACGAAGACAGAAAAUGCAGAGGCGAUAGAUCAUAACCGUGAGGAGCCAGGAGCGGUCCAGGACCAUAAAGGGGGACCUCUACCAACCCCGCUGAUGGCAAUUCCAGCAACUCGAAGAAUUGGCGGGUCCACCAACAGACGGUCGGCAGUCCUAGAGAUAGAUGCGCCUCAAUUAAGCCGACCAAGUUCAUCGAGGUCGCUGAGAAGUCUUUCGGUCACUGGGCGUCCUAGCUCAUCUGGCCACAAACGUCAUCAGUCGAAGCAAAAUUUCCUUGGGCGCUUUAAAUCAACUGUCGAGGAACGGGCGCCGUUUCACAGAACAGACACUGAAACCCUGGGGAAGAAGUCGCGACUGCCUGCAUUCCACGAUGAUAAUAUCAUUGAUCCCGACUUAGCCCCCUACAUGUCCGAUGAAGGUUCAAGUGCCGAUGAACAGAUGAGCAUCUUCGCGACUAUGAAUAGUGGAAGUAUGUUGAGUCCAAAUUUCGAGAAUGACAGGUCCGGUUUUGGCUCAUUGUUGAGCGCAAGCAAAAGGCAUAGGUCACGGACAGGUGAAAAGAGUGUCAGUGGUUUAAGCUUCACUAGUCGUGGGGUUGAUGAUAGCAACGGAAACGCUUCUCAAGGCGGCUUCUCGCGGCCCAAUCGACGUCGGAAUCUCAGUGCUGCUAGUAAUCAUUUACAUCAUUCUCGGGGGUCGCCCCGGGCACUUGUUCAAGGAUUUAGCAGCCUAGAUGAAGAGAUCACUGGCAUAGAAAAUUCUUCGUCAGCUUCGACUCUUGCCCCAUCGAGUGUGACCCGAGGCACCUCCAUGAGAGAAGCUAGAGCACCUGGUAUUGAACUAAACGAUGCGAGUCUAUACCAUGUCCGGCGAUUGCUACGACAACUCCUACAGGAUGCAAAUGUGCCCUGCGUUCCUGCUUGGGAGAAGGCGCUCAUACCUAUCCUCCUGCGGUGCACAGAUGACGUAAAUCCCAACGUCAGGCUUGGUGAAGACAUGGAUAUUCGGCACUUUGUCAAACUCAAGAAAAUCCCUGGGGGUAAACCAGGCGAUACAACGUAUGUAUCGGGCGUGGUUUUUUCAAAGAACCUUGCGCUUAAGAGUAUGCCGCGAGCCAUUUCCAAUCCACGUAUUGUGAUCGUAUCUUUUCCCAUUGAAUACCAACGACACCAACACCAUUUUAUGAGUCUUGAGCCGGUCAUGGCCCAGGAGAAAGAGUUCCUAAGGAAUAUGGUCAACAGGAUUGCUUCGUUACGACCUCAGCUUCUUCUGGUCCAGAAACAGGUUUCUGGAUUGGCACUGCAAUAUCUCGCCGAGGCCAAUAUUGCUGUAGCAUACAACGUGAAGCAGUCAGUCAUCGAAGCCGUGUCGCGGUGUGCUCAGACCGAAGUCAUAAGCUCAAUUGACAUGGUCGCUCUGCGGCCGGUCCAUAUUGGCAAAUGUUCUGACUUUGAAGUCAAAACAUACGUCCAUAACGAUAUACCUGGAAAGAAGAAGACAUACAUAUAUCUGUCUGGUUGUCCCAAGGACCUUGGCUGCACCAUUGCUCUACGGGGAGCAAAUAUUAACAUACUCACUAAAAUGAAACAAAUCGCCGAGUUUAUGGUGUACGUUGUAUACAACCUCAAACUUGAGGUCUGCCUGAUGCGAGAUGAGUUUGUACUCAUUCCAUCGGUUGCUGAAAACAGCGGCAGUCAGUCACCAAGUUUGCAACAAGCCUCUCAAGAGAUUCACUCAGGGAAUCUAGAUGCUACUGCGCCACGUGAUGCAUUUGUUGCAGCAAAUAAUAAUCUGCAAGUCGUGACUGACGCUGGAGGGAGCCAUGAGACACCCAGCAACAGAACCAGUGACGAUGCUAGAAGACAUCGCCCUCACGACUCAGAGCCUACCAGUGCCGAAGGGAGCAACGAAGACAUGUCUCAGUCCCAAUCACUCUUUAACGAAAAAUCUGUACAGCCCCUUGUAGGGGCGCCGAAAUCUAUCUCGGCCCACGAGUCUCACGCUCAUAGCUCUCAUGAGGAUCAGGUACCAGAAGAUAUCCCGAUGCCUACAUUUUAUAGCGAUAUGGUCGCGAAGCAUCAAACUAAAAUCUUAUCCGUCUCUCCUUUCGUAAAAUUUGUACAGCCCUAUCUACUAAUGAGAGCGCGGGAGCAGGAGAGGAGACUAGUAUACUUGAAACGGCUCCGGGACCAGGAUACCUUUGAGGAGCAAACCGAGAAUGAGCAGUCGAAGCCCCAGAAAUUCCAGCUAAUAAAGCCCGAGAUGGUCCAUGAAACAGUGAAGAAAGCACCACGACAAAUAAUGGAGGUGCUGCAUGCUGUUCACGAUGCCGAAUAUGACAAGGCUCUACACAAUUAUCAAACGCAGAAGCGCCAGUGGGAGAAUGCCAUCCAAGGGAAUAUCCACCUCUUCGAUCCUUUCGCGCACCAGACUAUUGCAGUUUUGCACACCCUUGUGUGCACUGCGACCACUAUUCCCUGUGCUGGACCAGAACUAUUGUCUUUGGCGUUCUAUAAAGAGUUUGACCUCCCUGGGCGUGAAUUUGACCCUGACUGCACACUUGGCAGCUACGUCGAGGAUCUGUGCAGGAGCAUCAAUACAGUUUGCACUUCUAAUGGUUGCGACCGUAAGAUGUCAGAACACCACAGGACGUAUGUGCAUGGUGAGGCCCGCCUAACAGUUUUCGUGGAAAAGUUCCCAUGCAAGAUAAAGGGGCUCCAGGACUCUAUCCUUAUGUGGAGUUAUUGCAAAGUAUGCCAGAAAGAGACCCAGGUCAUGCCAAUGUCCGAAAGUACGUGGAAAUACUCCUUUGGGAAAUAUUUAGAACUAUCUUUCUGGAGCAGUGAACUCCAUCUCCGAGCUGGAUUCUGUCCCCACGGGAUUCAUCGCGAUCACUUGCGGUACUUUGGAUAUCGAAAUGUUGCUGUCCGCAUACAUUACGACCCGAUCGACGUUUUGGAGAUUAUUGUGCCACGGACGAGAAUUACAUGGAAGGUUGAUAAAGACCUGAGAUUAAAGAAUGACCUGUUUACCAAAAUCGAAGGCAAAUGGAACCGCUUCAUGACCUCGGUCAAUUCAAGAAUCAAAGGAAUUAAUGUCGACAGUGUUUCAUUAGAGAAAGCCGAAGCUUGCAAGCGUGAGGUGGACAGGCUUCUCAAGCGUGCUCAGGAAGAACACACUGCUCUCAUUCGAAAGCUCCGAGAACAAUAUAUGAAAUCCAAGUAUUAUGAGAUCAUUCCUUUAAAUAGGGCUGUUAGAGACAUGCAGGAGAAGGUGGUUGAGUGGGACAAUGCAUUCGCAGACUUCGACGCUAAUUUCUUUCCGUCAGAGAAGGAUAUCAGAAGGCUGGCAGCACUUCAGCUGAAAAGAAUGUUCAUGGAUAAUAAUGGCUCAGCCACAUCUGUAAUAUCCGCGGAGUCAAAUGAUGUUGCCUCGGAUUUGGAUGAGAAAUCACCCUCGGCGUCGGUUGAAUUGCCUUCAGAUCCCUCAAAUACCUCUACGGGGGAAGCUCAGGGUGUUCUAGCUCCUGUGGAGGAGGAGACUCCGACUGGAUCCGACACGCUACCCCUAGGAACGGUGCUAGAGACAUCCACAGAGGUAGCCAGAAAAGCGCAGAAUCUUGACCUGGACCAUGAGGGCAUUGAGCAUCUUGACCUUGCGCUUCCUACGCCCAAUGUCAUCGAGAACCCAAAAACAACCGAAGCCCGGAUACCAACUGACGUUUCUGGCCCAAUAAGCUCGCCAGGCUCGGAAAGGCCGCCCAUGCAUCAGCUAUCAUCUGGGCCAUUGGAAAAUACAUUGACCGAGAAGGUAGAACGACUGCGGAAGACGGCCCCCACGUCCCCUGAUGAUUAUAACUCGGUACAUCCCGAGACUUCUAGCAUCCCACGGCCAGUUGAGCGUGGGGUAUCUAGACGAUCUGGUAUAGCUACCUCCCCACCAUUGAAUCGUACCCAGUCGCAGCCAGCUGGGACCAUACGUCGAUUAAAUACACCAAGCAACCCCUCAAGGCAAAGUGAUACUAAGAUUUCCAAUGACGUCCCAGCUAUGCCUCUCGAAGCAAUAAAGCCCUCAGCAACCGACCCCAUAAGACCAACAGACAAGAAACUUUCUGAGAGGUUAGGCCUGGCUUCCAUGAAAGCUCACCGAAAAGGGCAUUCUUUAAUCCCAAGGUCAGUUCAAGGGAAGCGCAAAGAGUCAAAGGUGUCGUCUUUGGCCAAGCACUUCGAGCAGCUAAGCCGAGAAUUCGAGCGGGAACGACAGCGAGAUAGAAGGCAACGUGCUGCAAAGGUCACGCAGUCGCGGGCGUUUCCAAAGGCAUCGUCAAAGCCUAUUGUUGAAGUUUACAAAGAUGUAAACGAAGCUGUCGAGGAGCGCAGGCUCAGCGAUGAAGAUCUUGUGAUACCACAACCACCGCAUCCCGAUUCUAAACUCAGAGCUGCUGUUGGGGAUCUUCCCAAUCUCAAAGCUACAUCUAUAAAUACGGACACGGCGCCACAUAACCCGACUGAUACGGUUCCUGCUGCUGACGAGACUGCGACUGAAGUGGAAACUGAUGACAACCAGCAUACGGUCAGCCAAACUGCCUCUGAUGACGACGGGGCAACGAGCGACGUUGACCAUCCCUUGCUGGACGAUAUUAUUCCAGGAGCUGCCGAGAUAGCGGAAUCUCUCUCCACGCCUAAUGCCGAUAUAUCCCUAGAUGUUCCAAAGCACGAGAAGUCAAGCCUACUGAAAAUGUUGACCAAUUUCUGGGCAGAGCGAUCUGCAAGCGGCUGGACUCCCUUAGACUACCCCACUAGUGCUGGCGACCACAUAUUCGCAGACGAGGAUGUCAUAAUACGGGAGGAUGAACCAAGCUCGCUCAUAGCAUUCACGCUGCAGUCUCAGUCCUAUAAAUCCAAGUUGGAAGAGAUACGCGCUCAGGGUGGAGCUGCUCAUAGUGACCCUCCCCUAGCUGCCUCAGACUCUGGCACACCUGACAUUUCGGAGGACGGUAUGGACCACGCCGAAGUAGAAACCUCCCUACUUCGCGCCACUGGCACCCAUCUUUCCUGCUCCUUUUCCGAUGGGUCUGCUAGAAUGCAGUGCAAGAUAUUUUAUGCCGAACAAUUCGAUGCUCUUCGGAGGAAAUGUGGGGUUGCUGAUCGUAUUGUCGAGUCAUUAUCAAGAUGUCUCAAGUGGGAUUCGAAGGGCGGGAAGACUAAGUCUGUCUUCCUGAAGACUUUAGAUGACAGACUGGUGGUGAAGUCGCUUUCUCCUAUUGAGACAGCGGCGUUUUUAAAAUUUGCCCCGGCAUAUUUCAAUAUCAUGGCCGAGGCGCUUUUCCAUGAACUCCCAACUGUCAUUGCGAAGAUGCUUGGCUUUUAUCAAAUAGUCAUCAAAAAUCCAAUUACAGGAACGGAGAUCAAAUGGGACGUCCUGGUUAUGGAGAACCUCUUCUACGACCGCUCUUUGACCCGCAUCUUUGAUCUCAAAGGUUCUAUGCGAAAUCGCAAAAUCCAGUCAACUGGCGAACAAAACGAGGUGCUUCUGGACGAGAAUAUGGUUGAGUUCAUCUAUGAAUCACCGCUGUUUGCUCGCGAGCAUUCCAAGAAACUCCUAAAAGCUGCUAUUUUCAAUGACACAUUAUUCUUGCAGCGGAAUGAUGUAAUGGAUUACUCGUUAAUGGUUGCUGUUGAUGAGGCCCGUAAGGAACUUGUAGUUGGGAUUAUCGACGUAGUCCGAACAUAUACAUGGGAUAAAAAGCUUGAAUAUUGGAUCAAAGAUCGCGGAUUUGCAGGCGGAGGUCGAAACCGGCCUACAGUAACUUCACCGAAGGAGUAUAAGAGCCGGUUCCGAGAGGCCAUGGAUCGGUACAUUCUUUACGCCCCCAAUAGCUGGCAUCACUGGCAGCCGGCAGUCGAGUCUAAGCCGGCCCAAAGAGAACCAAAGCCGGUCGAAGUGGUUGAAUAG